CACUCGAUUCCACCAUCAUCCCCCCACUCGCCACCACCAUCGGCGAGCAGCAAUGUGCAACCCACCACAACCGGGGACGCCGGGGCCAAGUACGCCGCCAAGCGACACCCCGCCAGACUGGGAGAGCAUCACGCUGCCAGCGGCACACAUCCUCGCGCACCUGACCGACGCGCACUGCCACCCGACCGACCUGUCCCCUAGCACGGAGACAUAUGACGCCGUCCAGCUCGGCGGGCUCGCCGCGAUGGCGGUGUGCGAUGACCAAAGCGCUGUAGCGGCGCUCGGCGCCGCGAGGGGGUGGGCGGAGGGCGAGGUAGGCCCGGGCAAAGGGCGGGUCGUCGCCGCGUUCGGCUACCACCCGUGGUUCUCGCACCGCUUCUCGCUGCACGACCCCGCGCCGCCAAAGGAGGAGCACUACCUCGAGGUCUUUGCGCCCAAGCCGGCCCUCGCGGCGCAGCUGGGCGACUUCCUCCCGCUGCUGCCGGAACCGGAGAGCUUCUCGGCCAGAUUGGAGAGGAUACGGUCCGACGUUGUUGCCGCGCGCGCUGCCGGCCGCCUCGCGAUGGUCGGCGAGAUCGGGCUCGACUCGGCCGCGCGCGUGCGGAUCUGGCCGCGUACCCGCGACGAAAGCUCCGUCCUCACGCCGUUCCGCACGACGCUGGCCCACCAAACUGCGCUCGCGCGCGCGCAGCUCGCGCUUGCCGUCGAGCUCGGCGUGCCCGCGAGCGUGCACUGCGUCGCUGCCUCCGGCCCGACGCUGCGCCUGCUCGAGAGCGUGCGCGCCGCGGACGCGCGCUUCAGCCGGAUCAACAUCGACAUGCACUCGUGCGGGGGGUGGAAGCCCGAGUUCUUGGCACAGGCGGCGCGCACGAUGCCAAAUCUGUACUUCAGCCCCAGCGUGCUGCUCACUGCGCGCAGUCCGGCGGGCGCGGCGGCCGUGCGCGCUAUCCCGAGGGAUCGCGUGCUGGUCGAGAGCGACCUGCAUGACGUGGCACAGAGCACGCGCCUCGUCUGGGCGUCGGUGUUGUGGGUCGCAGCGUGCCGCGGCUGGCGGGUCGAGAGUGCCGAGCAGUGGGAAGGGGUCGAGGAGGAGGACGACGAGUUUGACGAGAAGGGCCGCCUUGUUGAGCGCGCCGAGGGGGAGGUCUGGGCUGUGCGCACUAUUGAGCGUAACUGGGCGAGGUUCAUGGGGCUGAUAUAG